CACACGGCUUUAACGGAAAAACGCACGGCCGCAGUGCAACAUGCAGCCGGGGCUGGCAUUCAUCCUGUGACAUGUGUGACACAGCAGCCAACGGCCGCAGGAUAUCACGCUAGCGGUACCGCCGAAGAAUCUAGGGACACAGCAGUAGUCAGUGAUUCUAACUGCAACGACACACAAGGAGCCAGUGUUUCCGAAGACGAGGACAUCGCACCAGUGGAAGAAAAUGACGCGUCGGGAACGUCUUUCGACGAAGCGUUAGCUGAUUUUAACUGCAACAACACGCAAGGAGCCAGUGUUUCCGAAGACGAGGACAUCGCACCAGUGGAAGAAAAUGACGCGUCGGGAACGUCUUUCGACGAAGCGGUAGCUGAUUUUAACUGCAACGACACACAAGGAGCCAGUGUUUCCGAAGACGAGGACAUCGCACCAGUGGAAGAAAAUGACGCGUCGGGAACGUCUUUCGACGAAGCGGUAGCUGCACGCACUGAAAGCACAAGAUGUCAUUUUUGCGCUACUAUGAAAGCAAAAGUGCAGCUGCUCGAGGAUGAAAUACAGAAGCUAAAACAGGGUGGCUCCCCUUAUGCAGCAAACAAGCACCAAGGAAAACUUGUGACAUCUAUGAGCAAUGCUGAAGUGCAUUUUUACACAGGCAUGUAUAAAUGGAGGUCUUAUACACCUUACACAGCAUGCACUUUCCUAUUCAUAGAAUUUUUUUUUUUGCAGGGUUAUCUAAGGCAGUUUUCUUCACCAUACUAGCCAGCAUUGUUCCAGUUCUUCCCUCUGCACAACACAAGUUCCCUCACGAGAUGCAGCUGCUUUCUUUCCUGAUGAAACUUCGUCUGAACCUUGCAUUUAAGGACUUGGCAUACAGGUUUGACGUCACGCCGAAGACUAUCAGCCAGAGCUUUAGGUUUCUGUUGGCUGCUGUUCACCACUUGUGCAAAGCAGUUAUAGUGUUUCCAAGUCCUCAGGUGUGCCACAGCUGGUUGACAGAAAAGGAACGCAAGAACUUUCCAAAGCUCCGUGCCAUCAUUGACUGCACAGAAGUGACUGUUGCUAGGCAAGCUGCUUAAUUUUUUACAUUCACAGGUUAUUCUUCACAACUGAAGCACCUGUCAUUUAUCACUUGUUUAACUACCUAUGAAUUGCAACCAAGAGAAUUGUAGUCAGUAUAAGUUAGGAUGCAAAUGAUUCAUUUUCCUAAACUUUGCAGGCCUUUAAACCAGGACUGUCAACAAGUUGUGUGGAGCAACUAUAAACAAAAUAGUACGUUGAAGUACCUCGUUGCUGUAAACCCACAUGGUGCAGUAAUGUUUUUAUCCAAGACCUAUGGAGGAAGAGUUUCUGAUAAGGAGUUGACGUUAUCAUCUGGAUUUAUGGACCACCUACAAAGUGGCGACCAGGUUCUGGCUGAUCGUGGCUUUCUCCUGUUCGAGGAAUUCUAUGAAAAAAAUGUUCAGCUGAUAACACCAAGCUUCACAAAGAACCGGGUGCAGCUCCCUGGACAAGAGGUCACAACCUCAAGGAGAAUUUCCUCAACACGAAUUAUUGUUGAGAGAGCCAUUGGUCAUCUCAAGAAAUGGCGCAUAAUGACUGGGACUGUUCCCUACACAUUAGUGGAUGUUUACGACGAAAUCACAACUGUAGUUGCUGGGCUUACAAAUCUUUGCCCACCACUGUCAAAAAGAGGCGAGGCUGCACCCACUGGCAUGGCAGAUCAGUUGGAGCUGGAUGGCCUGUGUUAACCUGUGUCCAAAAGUCAACAGCAAAGCAAACUGCAGCACUGUGACUGCAGACCCGCCCCAACCUGGAAAAAUGCAAAAAA